AUGAGAUAUCUUUUAUUUGCUUCAAUUUGUGCUUUAGCCUUUUCAGGACCUAUUCUGUUUCAAGAUUCAGACCUUGUUGCCCCACAAGAAAUGAUUGACGAAAUUAAUAGAGUUCAAGACUCAUGGACUGCUUCUUCUGACUGGGUUGGCAAUAUGACAGUUGCUGAAGCCAAGCAGAGAGUAGCUCCAACAAUAGGGUCUCAAAAAUUUUCAAACAACGAUUGAGGUGAACUAUUAAAUUACCUCUCAUUUCCAGCAACUUUCGAUUCGAGGCAACAAUGGCCAAAUUGCAUUCAUCCAAUUCAAAAUGAUAGCGAUUGCCAUGCUGGCUGGGCGUUUGAUCAAGUAUUAAACACUCUCAACAACCUAAUAAUUACCUAAUUUAUUUAUAAAAACAUUAAUUAUAUUGUAAUUUAUAGCUAAAGUUGAAUUAAAACAUGAUUUGUUGCAUAUUUUAAAAUAUUAUCAAUACUAAAUCUGUUAUAUAUAUAUUGAAUUUUAAAUUGAAUUAUAUUAAAAUUAAUAAAUUUAUUGUAAAUUAUAUGAUAAUGAAAUAAUUUAUUUAAUUAUAUAUAAGUAUGAAGCCCAUAAUUUAAUUAAAUUUAUUUAAAUUUAUUCUUAUGAGUAUGGAGCCCUAUAUCUCUAACCUAGCACUAGUAUAAAGCAUAUAUAAGCAAUUAAAGAUCACAAAUAAAAAACUAUCUUCCCUAAAUAAAAAAAAUUGUUUAUAUUUAUUGUAGAUUUAGUAUCGAUACUAUUAUAAAAAAUGCUGCAAAUCAAGUUUCAAUCGAACUUUAGUUAUAAAUUACAACAUAAUUAAUUUUUUUAUAAUUAAAAUUUGGUAAUUAAUAGGUUGGUGGUGGGGGUGUGUUUUAUGCUUGACCAGGCGUUUGCAGCUGCUGAUUCUCUUUCAGACAGAUUUUGCAUUGCUUCAAACGGUACCGUAAAUAAUGAGCUAUCGGCAGCAUUUAUUGUACUUUGCAGUCUAGCUUCUCCUUCAUGCAUUGAAGGAACAACUGAUUCAGCUUGGAACUUUUUAAAGCAAUUUGGAAUACCUAAAGCAAGUUGCACUCCUCUCAGCUUGAUAGGCAGUAGUCAAUGCCCUAGUUUGUGCCACCCCCUUGCUCCAUUUACCUUAUUUAAAGUCAAAAAAAUUUACACAUUCCAAGGCCAACCAGAAAUUCAAGCUGGAAUUUUAACAGGAGGGCCAGUUGAAGUUAAUAUGGAAGUUUAUCAAGAUUUUUUGACUUAUAAAGGAGGUGUUUAUAAGCAUACGACGGGGAAACUUAUAGGAUACACUUCUGUUAAAGUGAUUGGAUGGGGUAAUCAGAACGGAACAAACUACUGAAUAGCAGCAAACGCUUGGGGAACUAGUUGGGGUCUGCAAGGAUAUUUUUGGAUUGCUUUCGGCCAGUGCAAAUUUGACGUAGAAGCUAUUGCUGGAAACCCCGAUUAUAAAGCUCAAUAA